AUGAACAUCCCCGUGAACCUCACCACGAACCUCACCACGAACCUCACCAUGAACCUCACCAUGAACCUCACCGUGGACCUCACCAUGGACCUCACCGUGGACCUCACAGAGGACCUCACCUUGGACCUCACCCUGAACCUCACCGUGGACCUCACCUUGGACCUCACCCUGAACCUCACCGUGGACCUCACCAUGAACCUCACCAUGAACCUCACCAUGGACCUCACCGUGAACCUCAACGUGAACCUCACCGUGAACCUCACCAGGAACCUCACCAUGAACCUCACCAUGAACCUCACCGUGAACCUCACCUCACCAUGA